AAUGUAAGUGAUUCACUGUCAGUGUCAAGUUAGUCCUGUAUUAAAUUUCACAUGUUAACUAGUUAAAAAUUAAUAAGAAACAAGAUGUUAAUUAAAGAAUACCGUGUUACCUUGCCCCUUACUGUUGAAGAGUAUCAAGUUGCUCAGCUAUUUAGUGUAGCCGAAGCCUCCAAAGAUAACACAGGUGGUGGUGAAGGAAUAGAAGUGUUAAAAAAUGAACCAUUUACCAAUUACCCACUGCUGGGUGGGAAAUAUAAUUCAGGCCAGUAUACUUACAAGAUUUAUCACUUAGCGAGCAAAGUGCCAGCAUUUAUUAGGCUCUUGGCGCCCAAAGGCAGUCUGGAGAUACAUGAGGAAGCGUGGAAUGCCUACCCCUAUUGUAAAACAGUCAUUACGAAUCCCGGUUACAUGAAGGACAACUUUGUUAUCUGCAUCGAGAGCAUGCACAUAGCAGACACAGGGAGACAGGAGAAUGUUCACGAAUUGCCCGCCGACAAGCUAAAGAUUCGUGAUGUUGUCUACAUCGACAUUGCCAAUGACCCUGUCAGCUCGGCUGACUACAAGCCCGACGAGGAUCCGCGCAAGUUCAAAUCGGAAAAGACGGGACGUGGACCUUUGGUGGGCGACUGGAAGGAUUCAGUCAAGCCAGUUAUGACCUGCUACAAGCUGGUGACGGUCGAGUUCAGAUGGUUUGGAUUGCAGUCACGAGUGGAAAGCUUUAUCCAGAAAUGUGAAAGGCGGCUGUUUACUAAUUUCCAUAGACAAGUGUUCUGUUGGAUGGACCGCUGGCACGGCCUGACGAUGGACGACAUCCGGCGCAUAGAGGAGAAGACCAAGGAGGAGCUGGAGGCGCUGCGAAAGACGGGCGAGGCGCGAGGAAUGAAGGCAGAGUCAGAUUAAUUUUUAAUCUUUAGCCAAAUCCGAAAACUACCUACCGGCAUACAUAGCUAAUUCGUUAAUCUAACGGAAACACGGUUAAUUCUCUACUAUAUCGGAAAUGAAACAAAAAA